AUGCCAGGCAUACCUUUAGUGGCCCGUGAAACCACUUGUUCUAGAGGGGCAGACCAGAUGUGCCGUCAAGAAUCUCGUGCCCAAUUGUCUGCCGAGGAGGAAGUUGCAGCUGAAGAAAGCCUUUCAAUAUAUUGCAAACCUGUAGAACUUUACAACAUUCUUCAGCGCCGUUCCAUUAGAAAUCCAUCAUUUCUUCAGAGAUGUUUACGGUACAAAAUACAGGCAAAGAACAAAAAAAGGAUACAAAUGACAGUCUCUCUCCCAGCAACUGUAAAUUAUGGUUUGCAAGGUCAAAAUCUGUUUCCUUUGCGCAUAAUAUUAGCGAGACCAGCCUCAAGUAAUGAAAUAACUGAGAAUUAUGAUUGUUUCCAUUUUAACCGUUGCUGCACAUUAACCUCUUGUGCUGGAGAUCAAGCAGUUAGUGGGAUUCAUGCGAAAUUUAUUCUUCCUGAAAUGAAUAAGCUAUCAGCAGAAAUAAAAUCUGGCUCUCUUUCAGUUCUGUUUGUAAGCUGCGUGGAGGCAAGCAGGGAUCCAAUGGUUGCUUCCUCGUCUCAGUCAAAUGUUGAAGGACACUGCUUGUUGGGCAAGAUACCAAUGGAGUUGCUGCUUCUGUCCUGGGAAAAAUCUCCAAACCUGAAUCUGGGUGAGAAAGCUGAGAUGUUAUCUACUGUUGAGAUGCGCCCCUAUUCCGUGAAGCCUAUUUGUUUGGAAGAAAAUAAAUGUGUGUCUUUUCAAACAGCAGCGUCUUCUGGAACUCAGUCUUCGUUGCAGCAGUUGCAAGUUGUCGUUUCUGCAGAAGAAGUGGGGGCCAGGGAUAGAUCAGCAUAUGAUUGUUACUCUUAUAGUGACAUCCCGUCCUCUUCGUUGCCUCAUAUCAUGAGGUUGAGGACUGGAAAUGUAAUAUUUAACUACAAGUAUUACAACAAUAAGCUGCAAAAGACUGAAGUAACUGAAGACUUCACAUGCCCUUUCUGCUUGGUAAAGUGUGCAAGCUUCAAGGGUGUGAGGCAUCACUUAACAACAUCUCAUGAUCUCUUCAACUUUGAAUUCUGGGUGACUGAAGAUUAUCAAGCUGUUAAUGUAUCUCCAAAAACAGACAUAUGGAGGACUGAGAUUAUCGCAGAUGGGGUCGAUCCUAAGCUGCAAACAUUUUUGUUUUGUUCAAGGCCAUUGAGGCGCAGAAGACCAAAGAGCCUUGCUCAGAAUGCACACCAUGUACAUCCACUUGCCUUAGAUUCAAACUUGCCUGCUUCAUUUAAUGAACUUCUGGACAAGACUGAUGGAGUCUCUUCAGCUGGUCCUUCGCAUGCAGAUCCUGAGUUUGUCCCGUCAUUGCCUGGAAGCAACCUUGCACCUCCUACCAUGCUGCAGUUUGCGAAAACAAGGAAGUUAUCAGUUGAACGAUCUGAUCCCAAAAAUCGUUUGCAGUUGCAGAAGAGGCAGUUCUUCCAUUCGCACAGAGCUCAGCCAAUGGCGUUGGAGCAAGUACUGUCAGAUCGAGAUAGUGAGGAUGAAGUCGACGAUGAUGUUGCAGAUUUUGAAGAUCGAAGGAUGUUAGAUGACUUUGUGGAUGUUACAAAAGAUGAAAAGCGAAUAAUGCAUCUUUGGAACUCCUUUGUCAGAAAGCAGAGGGUGCUUGCUGAUGGACAUACCCCUUGGGCUUGUGAGGCCUUUUCAAGGUUGCAUGCGCAGGAUCUUAUCCAGGCGCCUGCGCUGCUUUGGUGCUGGAGACUCUUUAUGAUUAAGUUGUGGAACCAUGGUCUCCUUGACGCACGGACAAUGAACAAUUGUAAUAUAAUUCUUGAAAAGUCAUGGCAGCAAAACCAAGAUAAUGAUGACCCAAUGGAGGCUUUAUAG